AUGGAUAUUUCGUUCGUACAAAUUUUUUAUUUAUUUCCCGAGCUUAUAGUGAGUUACAGACAGAGUUUGAAAAUGUCAAAUCCUUGA